AAAGAUGUCUCUGACGGCCGAUCCACCAGCGUGCACUGUUCCAGCUGCUGGAGGUGCUUCCACCCACAAACUUGUUAAUGCUGGAGCUGAGAAGAUGAUCUUCAAGAUCAAGUCUUCAAACAACAACGAAUACCGCAUCACUCCGGUAUUCGGAUUCGUUGAUCCAUCUGGUUCAAAGGACAUCACAAUCACUCGUACUGCUGGAGCACCAAAAGAAGACAAGCUUGUUGUUCACUUUGCCGCUGCUCCGGCUGAUGCAACUGAUGCCCAAGCUGCGUUUGCUGCCAUCACUCCAGCUGGAACCAUUACAAUUCCAAUGUCGGCAACGGCUUAGACGUUUAAAUCGACGAGUAUGAUGAGACAAAGAUGAGCAUUUUGGAAAAAAGAGAUUUGAAUGUUUUGAAUGAAAUAUUUGAAUUGAAGUUUUUGGUUUUUAUUAUUUCACAUUGGUUUCUUACUAGAACUGCUUAGUUUCAAUAAGAAACCAAAGAAUUUAUCAUAAUUGUGGCUAAGAAAGUGCCCACUAAAUAUUUUAACCAGGAAUUGGAAACCCGGGAUCAUAUCACUUUCUAGGUUUCAAAGCGGUUGAUGCCAAUCACUGCCGAUCAGCCAAUCACAAGGAUUCUCACCCCAGCUCAUGUGUGACGACCUCGAGUCUUCCAGAUGUCAUCAUUCUCGUCUGCCUCCUUAUUCGGUCUACGCUAUGCUGUGUGAUACAAGCUGUGAUCCUUAGCCUUAUCCAAAAUCUUCUCUCGUCUAAAACACCUGAUAAAAAGUUCAAUCGGGUCAGAAGUUUCGAGAUAAGCAGCGAAGACGCGAACAUACAUCGACCAGCCCGUCACCAUCGGAAUAAUUUGCUGUUUUUUUAAUCCAUUAUAUUUUUAUACAAAUAAAUUUAU